AUGUCAUUUGGCACCACGCCAUGUGACGCGUUAUUAUAUCGUUCGGAAUCCUGCCAUUGGGUGCAUUAUUAUGCUAUUCGGUACCCCGACAUUCGACGUGUUAUUGUGCCAUUCGAUGCAUUAUUAUACCAUUCGACAGCCCGUCAUUCGAUGUGUUAUUAUACCAUUCGACACCCUGUCAUUUGGCACGUUAUUGUGUUAUUCGACACCCUAUCAUUCGACGCAUUAUUGUUUUACGUCGAGAUACUGGGAUCAACUGGUAAGGAGAACUGGCUUAAAAACUUCGUACUAAGGAACAUGCAAAUUUCGCCAUCAAAUAUCCUUCUUACUUGGGGACUUGGGGGAAUGGAGAUGGUGCACUAUGCGACUUGGAAGAAGGCUAAGGUGUUGCUCGGUCAGUGGAUUGAAGAUUACAAGUCAUCAACCAAGAAGUACUUACUUACUUGA